AUGCCGUCACAAACAAAGAGUCGUGAUAAUGACAAUGACCACGACCAUGACUAUGCGAAUCUGACUCAAGUAUCGAGUACAAAUACCGUUCACAGCGAUCUUACGAUCAUGCCCAACACUACCAACAUGGAAGGCCGGUCCCCCAACACAGAUAAUAUGCAGCCUCAGCCCCAAGAGGCCAGGCCCAAAACGAAAGGAUCCCAAAAAUCUCGGUCAAGGGCAUCCUCCACCUCACAACGAGCACAUACCCGGUCAACCUCAUCCAGCACAGCCGGAAACUCAACCGGUCGACGACCAGGCCCUAGUCGUCGCACAACCUCGCAGGCCGUGCAGCAGCAGAUGUCACCGCAGAAAAGAGAACAACUCAUAGCCCUGCAUCGGGAGAGCUGCCGCCUAUUCCAGGMCCCGCCAGUCGAUCGAUCAGAAACGAAAUCCAUGGCCUCCACCACUGCAUCACCAACCCUACAAUCCCAGCGAUCCCAUUCCUUCCCCCUGGGAUAUGACCACGACGUCUCCGACGAAGACCUCCUCCCUUCAUCACCUCACAAUCGCCAGUACCACCAUCCAACUCUUCCACGAAGCCAAACAUCCGACGGCAUCACACCCAUCGCCCAAACCUCUAGCAACAACCAACUCAUGAUCCCCGCGACAAUAACGGAAUGGACAUCCCCCAGCACCCGUCGCCGCGAAUACGAGAAAAUAGAUCGCAACAACAAGGGGUUUCGACGGCUGUGGCGUCGCUGGACGCCUAGUUGUAUGCAUGCGGGCGAUGAGCGGGUUCCGUUUUGGGAGGAAGAAAUUCGCAAGAAAAACAAUUAUGAGGGGAGUGUGAGGCGGUUUCGGAUGGAUAUUCCUGAUGAUGUUGACCAUGAAAAUGAGAAGGGGGUGCAGAUAAACACAAAGGGGAUGGUGGCGGGACCGAAGGUUGAGAAGGGAAGGUGGUCUUGUUUUUGA